AUGCCAAGUCAACAUGAGCACGCGUUCGUUUACCAUCAACCACCGCCUCCGCCCGCCAGCACGAUGAGCAGCGCUUCUCCACCCCGCAGCUUCCUCCCUCAUGAGAUACGUGACCACAUAAUCGACGUCCUCGCGACAUCCUCUCCCGGGUCUCCCGACACCAUCACCAUCCAAGCCCUACGUGCCUGCUCUCUCGCGUCUCGCACACUGCACACACGCGCCUACCACCACCUCUUCUCCUUCGUCUUCAUCGAGCUUGAAGAAGCCAAACUCCCCACCAAGAACAUUGCGUUGCUCAAUUCCCUCCGUGCCCUCUUGCAUGAGAGCGUCAAGUUCCCGGGAGUCGGCCUCGUGUACCACCUGCAGGCGUUCACGCUUGCGGUGCACGGGCAUGGGGAUCAGUGCUACACGAUCUUCAAAAAAGGAAGGGUCGGGGACAUACUCAUGGCGCUGUACGGGGAGACAUACGGUGUUCAGCGGUUCAAGUUGUCUCCCAACUUACGCUAUCUUUCGAUUUCUGGGAUCAUGGACCUGCCCCGGUCGUUGUUCUCGCUAUCCAGGCUCGAUUACCUAUAUCUAUACAACGUCAGCGUUCGGAGGAUGGUCGAUCGUCCGUCUGUGGACACUCCGCGCCAGACGGUGCUUUCGGAGGUCAAGAGGAUAGCAAUGCACUCAGACGUGCCUAUUCUGGACCUUGCAUAUCCACACACCGACCCGAACGCAGAAGAAGAGAGCAGUGAAACCCUCAAAGCACUGCGAGAAACCGCUUUUGCCUCCCUCAAAGAGCUUCGGAUCAACUUCUCCUACAUGGAUCGCGUCCCUGGCGCCCUCGAAGUGGCGGCCCACGCCGCGUCCUCGUUGUCCUCCCUGCAUAUCUACAUCUUCGGGCUUGACCCCGCCGAUCCGCCACCCUCUCCCCCACGUGCGACGAACCCGAGGCACCUCUUCCACCCCCUCACAGCGCUGGAAACUCUGAGGAUCACCAAGCAGGUCGUGAGGCCACUCACGGAGCGGUGCAUCGUCAACCCGCUCUGGCGACUCCUCGUUACGAGCACGCUACCCGCCAAUUUACGCACUCUGAUUGUUGAAUCGAUGGCCGAGCGCAGGCUCGUCGCCGUACAGGAGGGUCAACAACCCCAGGAAGAGGAUCGCCCGCAAGUGGGCACGCCUCGACGCGGUCCUUACACCGUGCGUGCCGCCGAGAAGGAGGAAGCCAACCGCGCAGCGGCUUGGCGCGCCUUCGACGAGGACGCGUUCCAUGUGCGCGCACGUGAUCUCGUAGCCGACGCUCUUCCGCGUCUCCGCUCGUCUCGGUCGAAGUCCAGCUCCGCUAACUCUGAUUCGCCCAAGACAUUCGAGGUCGACAUCGCAAUCAUUCGGGCGCAGCCUGGAACAUGGGACAAUGAGAUCAAGGUGAAAUGCGGAGGCCCGGCGCUGGUCGACGCCCUAUAG